AUGGACAAGAAAUUGAAUAACAAGGAAAAUGUUAAGAGAAGUAUACAUUAAGAGUCAACCAUAAUGUUAAAAUAAGUAUCAAUAUAAAUCAUAGUGUGUUUAGCCAAUAAGAAUAGAAAUUUUGGAGAUUGUUUCUGGAAAAGCAAUAUAUGUAAAUAAUAAAAAUAAAAAGAAAAAGAACACAUUCAAAUCUAGAUGCAAAUAUUGA